AUGAAAGCUGCACUUAGCGCCGGCGCCGAUCCAAAUGAAAUGGACCACGAGCGUGAUCCACGUCGCAGUCUCGGUCGGCCUCUUCAUUGCGCUAUACGGGACUGGGGCAAUCCUAACUAUAUUAAAGAAAACAUCCCAGCAAUCAAGCUACUGCUCGAACAUGGUGCCGACCCCCGCCUGUCCGGUUCAGAGGUUAAGCCAGCUUCUUUAGGGCUACAAUUGCCUUUGGAAUGUGCAAGGCGACUAGCGAUGGGCGAGUGGCGGGGGAUGGAUGAACUCUUGGUAUGUGGGUAUUAUGCAGAAGCUUAUCGUGUUAUGAAAGAGGCUGCUGAAGAUUGGAUCGUACGAAGGGUGUGA